UGACUUAUUCAGUAGUGCGUUGGGUGCUGUUGCUGUGUAGCGAAGCCGAAGACAAAUCGCUUAAUGAUAAUUUAUUGCCAUUGAAACUAAUACGUAAAGCCUUCGCCGUUCUGUGUUAUGUGAGACGGCAGUGAAUCGUUGCUUUCUUAGCAUUACGGUUCAAUCGCCAGUCCGAAGAGGAAGGAGCCAGCCGGAUCGAAAUGCCGAAUAGGUACUACUGUGACUACUGUGACACCUAUCUCACGCACGACUCGCCAUCGGUGCGCAAGACCCACUGCAAUGGUCGCAAGCACAAGGAAAACGUCAAGUUCUACUACCAGAAAUGGAUGGAGGAGCAGGCCCAAAACCUCAUUGAUGCCACAACGGCGGCAUUCAAGGCCGGAAAGAUACAGUCCUCCCAAUUCCAGGCCAAGCCUUUGACCGGUGCCAUGAUUCCUCCACCAGCCGCGCUACAACCGGGUCCUCCACAGCGGAUGCCACUAGUUGGGCCGCCCCACAUGGGACCCAUGCCAGGCCCCAUGCCGGGGCCUAUGCCAGGCCCUAUGCCUAUGAUGGGACCUCCUGGCCCAAUGCCCCCCAACAUGAUGAUGCCAGGCAUGAGGCCACCGAUGGGGCCUAUGGGGCCCAUGAUGGGACCGAUGGGGCCAGGACCAGGCCCCAUGCGACCACCUCUGGUAGCGGGGACACCGAAGAAGUGAUCUUGUGUUAUCGCGAAUGUGUCGCGUCACUGCAAUUCAUCUGUACAUACAAGGAACUGUUGUCACUCCAUCAGCAAUCACACUGCACGACCGGCAUGCCAAGAACGUCAUUUUCUGACAAUAAAGGUGCUUUUUUUUUUUUUUGCA